UUGAUUACUGCAAAGCAACAGUAGCAAAGAUUUCUUGAUUUCCUGGCUUAAUUUGUGUUAUAUAUUGAAUAGAGGAACAGAGCUAAGGUUUCUUGAUUUCUUCUCUACCAAAUACUUAGUUUAGAUUUUUUUAGUGCAGAAAUGGCCAUUAGAAAACUAUCAUUGUUUAUGCUAUAUGCCUUUCUCUGUCAACUUGCUUUCUCCUUAUCCUCAUCUCAUUUGUGCCCCAAAGAUCAGGCCCUUGCUCUUCUACAAUGCAAGCAGAUGUUUACUACAAAUGCUUUUGCUGCUUGUAGUUAUUCUUAUCCAAACACAAUAUCAUGGAAUAGGAGCACAGAUUGCUGCUCAUGGGGUGGAGUUCAUUGUGAUGAAAUGACAGGAAAAGUGAUUGAGCUUGACCUCAGUUGUAGCCAACUUCAAGGCAAGCUUUAUUCCAAUAGUAGCCUUUUCCGACUAUCUAAUCUCAAAAGGCUUGAUUUAUCUGGUAAUGAUUUCUCCGGCUCCCUCAUUUCACCUAGAUUUGGUGAAUUUUCUAGCUUGACGCAUCUUGAUCUAUCAAGUUCAAGUUUUUCAGGUCAAAUUCCUUCUGAAAUCUCUUAUCUUUCUAAGUUAUAUGUUCUUCGUAUCAAUAACGAAUAUGAGCUUAGACUUGGAACUCACAAUUUUGAAUUGCUCCUUAAGAACUUGACCCAAUUAAGAGAGCUUGAGCUAGCCUCUAUCAACAUCUCUUCAACCUUUCCUCUAAAUUUCUCUUCUUAUUUAACAACUCUACGACUUCCAUACACGCAAUUAUAUGGGACAUUGCCUGAAAGAGUUUUUCACCUUCCCAACUUGAAAUCUCUUGAGUUAUCUUAUAAUUCCCAGCUCACAGUUGGAUUUCCCACGGCCAAAUGGAAUAGCAGUACAUCUCUCACGAAGUUACAUCUCAAUAGUUUGAAUUUUACCGGUGAUAUACCUGAAUCAUUUAAUUAUUUAACUUCACUCCGCGAACUGCAGAUGACUUCUUCUAAUCUCUCGGGGCCUAUUCUUAAACCUUUAUGGAAUCUCACCCACAUAGAGCAUUUGGACCUUUCACAUAACUAUCUUGAAGGACCAAUUUCCAACUUCUUCAGAUUUGGAAAUAUCAAGGAGUUAUGGCUUCAGAAUAACAACUUCAAUGACCAACUUGAGUUCUUAUCCUUUAAUAGAAGCUGGACGCAACUUGAAGUCCUACAUUUUUUGUCGAAUUUCCUAACUGGUCCAAUUCCCUCCAAUGUAAGCGGACUACAAAAUUUGGAGUUACUCCUAUUGUCAUCAAACCACUUGAAUGGGAGGAUACCGUCCUGGAUAUUUUGCCUUCCAUUGUUAUCUAACUUAGACUUGAGCCAUAACAACUUCAGUGGCCAAAUUGAGGAGUUAAAGUCGAAGAAUCUGUUCCAGAUUUCACUAGGACACAAUCAGCUGCACGGUCCUAUUCCAAAGUUACUUCUAAACCAGAAGAGCCUGGAAUUUCUUCUCCUUCCGCAUAAUAAUCUCAAUGGACAGAUUGCUUCAAGUAUUUGCAAUCUAACAUCACUGAGAAAUCUAGAUUUGAGAAGUAAUAAUUUGAAGGGAACGAUUCCACAAUGUCUAGGUGAGAUGAGUGAAUUUGUUAGGGUUUUGGAUAUAAGCAACAAUAACCUCAGUGGGACAAUUCCAACAAAUUUUACUAUUGGUAGCCAACUCAAAAGCUUUAGAUUGCAUAGGAAUAAGUUGGAGGGAAAAAUCCCACAAUCCUUAAUCAAUUGCAAGCAUUUGGAAGUUCUUGAUUUAGGUAACAAUGAGUUGAACGACACAUAUCCACAGUGGUUGGGAACUCUACCAAAUUUGAAGAUUUUAAGCUUGAGAUCAAAUAAGUUGCAUGGUCCCAUCAAAGAUUCAAGGAAUAUAAGCUUAUUUAAAGAACUUCAAAUUAUGGAUCUCUCAUCCAAUGGAUUUAGUGGGAAUUUACCAGCAAGUCUUUUUGAGAAUUUCGAAGCCAUGAAAAUAAUUGAUGAGAACAUGAGAACCGGAAGGUACAUAGGAGAUGAAUAUCUUCUUAAUUAUAAUUAUGAUGUAUCUCUGUCAAUUAUAGUAAAGGGAUUAGAUCUUAAAUUUCAUCGAGUUUUGAUUGAAAACAUGAUUAUCAACCUCUCAGAGAAUAGAUUUGAAGGUUAUAUUCCAAGUAGCAUUGGAGAUCUCAUCGCACUUCGUGUAUUGAACUUAUCUCAUAAUUGCUUGGAAGGUCUUAUACCAACGACACUGCAACAUUUAUCUGUACUUGAGUCAUUAGAUCUCUCAUUUAACAAAAUCGACGGAGGAAUUCCACAACAACUGGCAUCUCUCACAUCACUUGCAGUCUUAAAUCUCUCUCACAAUCAUCUUGUUGGAUGCAUUCCUAAAGGACAACAAUUUGAUACAUUUGACUACAGUUCAUAUCAACAAAAUGAUGGAUUACGUGGAUUUCCAGUCUCAAAAGAUUGUCGUGAUGAUGAUGGGGUAGCACAAGCGACAACGCCAGUUGUCCAAGAUCAAGGAGAAGGAGAAGAUUCAGCAAUAAUAAGUUGGCACGCGGUUCUCAUGGGUUACGGGUGUGGACUAAUUAUUGGACUGUCCAUAAUAUACAUCAUGCUAUCAACUCAAAAUCCAGCCAGGAUGAUUGAAGAAUUGGUAUACAGAAUUAUUACGAUAAAGAAAAGGCACAAAAAAAGAUAUUAGUGUGUACAAGUUUCAAGCCUAAUAAGUUGCUGGAGAUGGAAAUAUACGCCUUUUCUUUCAUAAUAUAUUAUGAUGUUUCUUAAAGUGCUCAUUACCCUAUGAAUAAAGACAUGAGUGUUCGUUUAAGACUCAAACUAUAGAUUUAUAUUCAUUUGUUGAUAGUUUGUUGCA